ACAACGUUAAACUAGAUUCUAUCAUUUGAUAUCCUCCUUUCAAAGACAAACAAAAUUUUCCACAAACAGUUACUAAAAAGAAACACCAGUCUAAAUGCAGAGAAACUGUUUCUCUUUGCGCCCCUUCCUUCGGGGAGCUGGUGAAUUGGGCGUAUUUGGAACACCCAUCCGUCUAUUUCGAAAUUCAGCUGCUUUGAAAUCUGCCGCUGCAGCUCCCAAGACAGUUCCUGGAAAACUUCCCCCGAAAAUGGCCAAGCUGCGGAAGUUCCAGGCGGACAAUGAUUUGCCGAUUUUCCUUAAAGGCGGCAGUAUGGACAACAUCUUGUACAGGCUAACCUGGGUGCUCAGUAUCCUCGGAAUAGCCGGCGAUGUAUGGCUGUGGGCUGGCUAUAUCAUUGCCUAAAAUGCCAAUAACACUCCAAUAUAUAACUAUUUUAAUGUUCUGCACACCUAACACUGUUAUUUAAAUGUUUCGUUUCUGUACAUAAUUAAACGGCGAAUCAAUGGAA